CUAUAAAUGCCUCCAUUCCCCUCCCAGGAGGAAAGCCUGGAGUUGCCUCUGAGCAGACUUGCUACCUGUGGAGGCCGAGGGACAGUUCUCUCUGCAGGGAAGGAAGGAAGACCAUGGGGCGAUUCACCUUCGUGAGCUUUGGCUUGCUGGUCGUGGCCGCCUCCCUAAGUGGAACUGGAGCUGAUUGUCUCUCUGGUUGGUCCUCCUAUGAAGGGCAUUGCUACAAGGCCUUCGAACUAUACAAGACCUGGGAAGAUGCAGAGAGGUUCUGCAUGGAGCAGGCGAAGGGCGGGCAUCUGGUCUCUAUCGAAAGCUCCGGAGAAGCAGACUUUGUGGCCCAGCUGGUCGCUGAUAACAUGAAGAGACUCGAUUUCUAUAUCUGGAUCGGGCUGAGGGUUCAAGGCGAAGUCAAGCAAUGCACCUCAGAGUGGAGUGAUGGCUCCAGUGUCAGUUAUGAGAACUGGAUUGAAGCAGAAUCCAAAACGUGUCUUGGGCUGGAAAAAGGGACAGAUUUUCGUAAGUGGGUCAAUGUUUACUGUGGACAACGAAAUCCUUUCGUCUGCGAGGCAUAGUCUGAAGAUGCAGCUGAGUGAAGUCUGGAGAAGCAAGAAA